UCUAUUAUGACGGACGGACGGGGCAAAGUACGAAGACUACACUCAAUGCUGGUUGUGCGGGCUGGAAGCUGCUGAUUAGGCAGUGAGUUUAAUGUACAAGAAGACAAUGGAUUGUAUAGGUCACAACAGCGGGGCUUUGGUUGGAUUGGGCGCAGUCACGGCUGCAGCAGCCGCUACCUAUUACCUGGCAACCAGAGCAGAUCCAGUAAUCCCCCCUGUCGACCUGCAGAACCAGUCUGUCAUACUAAAGGAUGGUUCAAGAUGUUCUCACUUCAUGAAGGAUGAAAAGCUUAUGGAAGUGUUAUAUGAAGAUGUCAAAACUACAUAUGACUGUUUCCAAAGGGGACUCCGGGUGUCAAACAAUGGACCAUGUUUGGGAGCAAGGACCGGUCGAGCGGGGGAGUACGAAUGGCUUUCAUACCAGCAGGUGUAUGACCGAGCGAAUGCAUUUGGUUCGGGACUGCUGGAAAUCGGACUACAGGCUAGCAACGAGGAAUUCAUUGGUUUUUAUAGCAUGAACAUGAUAGAGUAUGUGAUAGCUGAGCAGGCAGGGAUAAUGUUCUCCAUGGUUUCAGUACCACUAUACGAUACCCUGGGCACGACAGCCUGCAGCUUUAUCAUCAACCAAAUUGGCAUUACCCAUGUGAUAUGUGACAAGGCAGAAAAGGCAAAGACCCUCAUGUCGAACAUAGAUAAGACGCAAACUCUGAAGUGUAUCGUCCUUAUAGAAAAGGUGACGGCGGAAUUGGAGGUGCUGGCAAAAGAAGCUCAUGUCGAGAUUAAGGAGUUUAGCGCUGUAGAAACACUUGGACAGACGAACCUAAAGAAACCUAAGCCUCCUACUCCUACAGACUUGGCAACUAUUUGUUACACAAGUGGGACAACAGGUGAUCCAAAAGGUGUAAUGCUUUCUCACCAGAAUCUGAUCAGCAACAUGUCAGCAGUAGCAUUAAUAGCACUGAAAGGUGUCACUGUGACUCCACAGGAUGUACAUCUAUCUUAUCUACCAAUGGCACAUGUGUUUGAGAGGGGCAUGCAGAUUGUAGCAUUCAUGCACGGAGCCCAAGUUGGGUUUUCCAGGGGUGACGUAAAGUUGCUUACUGAGGACCUUCAAGCACUUAGACCAACUAUAUUCAUAACUGUGCCACGGCUUCUCAAUCGCAUGUACGACAAGAUAUUGUCCAGUGUACAGGGAAGCAAACUAAAAACAACAUUGCUCAACUUAGCAAUGUAUUCUAAAACUCGUGAAGUUCAAAGAGGCGUGGUAAGGAGGGACAGUAUAUGGGACCACCUGGUGUUUAAAAAGGUUCAGCAAACGGUAGGAGGCCGAGUGAAGAUCAUCAUCACUGGCUCUGCUCCACUAGGAAGCAAGGUUUUAGAUUUUGUCAGAGCAUCAUUUGGAUGCUUGGUGUUAGAAGGCUAUGGACAGACGGAGGCAGCAGCUGGAAUUACAUUCAAUGUACCAGGAGAGAUUGAAUCAGGCCAUGUUGGUUGCCCAUUGCCCUGUAACUUGGUCAAAGUAGUGGAUGUACCGGAGAUGGACUAUUAUGCUACUGAUGGAAAAGGAGAGAUUUGUGCGAAAGGACCAAAUGUGUUUCUUGGGUACUAUAAAAAUGAAGAGAAAACUUCGGAAGCUAAAGAUGAAAAUGGGUGGCUUCAUACAGGAGACAUUGGCGAAUGGUUGCCUAACGGAGCUUUACGAAUCAUCGACAGAAAGAAAAACAUAUUUAAAUUGGCACAGGGCGAAUAUGUGGCGGCAGAGAAGAUCGAAAAUGUGUAUAUGAGGAGCGAAUACGUCGCACAAGCCUUUGUUGAAGGAGAUAGUUUAAAACCAUACUUGAUGGGUGUAAUGGUGCCAGACAUAGAAGUUGUUCCAGCAUGGGCUGCAAAAGAAGGCCUACCUACAAGCAUGGAUGAACUUUGUACUUGUCAGAAACUUAAAGACGUGAUACUACAGGAUAUCAUCAAUAUCGGUAAAACCAUGGGACUUAAAUCGUUUGAGCAGGUGAAAGACAUCAUUCUUCACCCAGAACCGUUUUCAAUGGACAACAACUUACUCACGCCGACCUUCAAGAACAAGAGACCAAACUUGCGAAAAUUCUUCAAGUCCCAAAUCUCGAAGCUUUAUGAAAAACAUGAAGCAACGCCAUAAAUAUAUUCCAAUAUGCUACUAUUAUCAGUAAAUGUGCUAGAUAAUUUGUGAAUAGUGUAAAACGUACACAUAUAUGAAUUCUGUGGCAGCCAACUUGGACCAAACAUAAUAGUAUUUUUCCAUCUUGAAUUUAGACUUUUAAUGGAAAUGCUUUCCUUGUCAGUGUUGAUUACAUAGGUAAGACGUUAGUAGUGAGAUCAUGGGGUCCCUACUAUGGACAACAUGAUUCAAUUAUUUAUUCACACUGUUUUUAAUGUACCUUUUUAAAAUGUGAUUCAAGCAGCGAUUGUCGUUUUAUUUAAUUAUCCUUAUGCGUUGCAGCGACUACUGGACAAUGCCCCGAACUAUUGUCUCUUGUGAAGUGAGUUAUAUAUUACUAGUGACAAGAGUCCGACUAGACAGUGUUGGUGGCAUGGUGAAAUGUCCUCUCAAUGUACAUUGUAUCUUAAUGAUUAUCAGUUGUUAUUUCAUUUCGUACGUUUGCCUGUCAUCAUUUGUCAUUUAUUUUAGAUCGACCAAUGCGAAAUAGGUGGUCCAGAUUUAGCAAAGCGUCACACUUCUAUUGAGAUAUAGAAGAGAAUGUAUGUUAACCUCGUGA